CAAGUAGGGCAAGUGGCUGAGGCUAAGGACUGCAAUUCCAUCCAGCCUGGUUCAUUACAGUCAUCCGCUCAGUGCACAGACGGGACAAGGAGUGCGAUUUCGGCGCUGCCUCUUUGUCAAAGCACCAAAAAAAAAAAGAAAAAAAAAAAGAGCCUUAAGUGAAAAUGGUUAAGUACAUGCGACAGCACAGCGAGCUGAAACCCGAGGAGGUCCUGUCGGAGUCCGAUGCGUCCGUGGACCAGCAGGAUUUCGGAGAGAUGUCCGACUACGCUUUCAGCGACGUUUUAUACUCCAAGUGUUCCGCAUUGGACCACAUCGGCACUUUUAUGAAGAACGUGCAAGUGCUGCUCGACGCGGCGAAUUACAUAGAGAAUGUCGAGAAGAGCAACGGAAAAUGUGAGCAUGGGUACGCCUCAACGUACCCCGCAACCCAGACAUCACAUCAACAGAAACAACGUAAAUUCAAAAACAGGAAAUUGGACAAUAUUCACAAUAGGUCAGCACACAAUGAACUGGAAAAAAACAGACGAGCACAUCUCCGCCUGUGUUUGGAGAGGUUGAAGUCCCUCAUCCCCCUGGGACCAGACUGUAGUCGGCACACCACACUGGGACUGCUCAACAAGGCCAAAGCACAUAUCAAGAAACUUGAAGAGGUGGACAGGAGGAGUCAGCACCAGCUGGAGACCUUGGAGAGAGAGCAGAGGCACCUGCAGAGGCAGCUAGCCCAGCUGCAGACUCAUGGAGAAAGGGAACGGGUCCGUACAGACAGCCUGGGCUCUCGGAUAGACUCUGACCGCUCAGAGUCUGACAGAGAGGAAAUUGAAGUUGAUGUGGAAAGCACUGAGUUCUCCCAUGGAGAAAUGGACAGCGUAAGCACCAGCGGUGCAAGUGACCUGGAUGACCACAGCAGCCGGCAGAGCUCAGCCAGUGACGAGGGCUACUCCACAUGCAGUCUAAAACUGGCCUUCUCUGCUUAAGCACCAGCCUAUACAUUCACUUCAGCUGCAGUCUUUUAUGGCUUUCACCUUUCCAAGUACCAGCCUACAGCUCCAUUCUCCCUCGCAGUUUAGGUUAACCGUCUUCAGAAGAACCAGCCUCAAUCCCGACUUUACCUGACAAAUGAAUCAUCUACUCCACCCGAGAACCAGCCUUAAGUUCAACUCAGUCUAAAAGUUUGAAAAUUGUCUCCUUCCAAAAGCCAGGGGGCUCCUCUACAUCAGUCUGAAACAUUUUACUCAACAGCCGCAAAUGUAACUUCUCUGGCAAUAUACGCUUUACCCAUUUUUAAGUUGACUUAACCAAUCACCUGAAUCUCCCUUUACCCAUAGCCAGCUUGAAUCUUCCAUACCUGCACUCAAUACUGAUCCUGUAGAGGACCCAUGAUUGCACCAAUGUCCAACACUGAAGGGGGAACUCUACCUUUAGUCGAGUUGAUCCUCUGAAACCAGCAAAAAAACACAAAAAAACCCAGUACCAGCUAGAAGCUCACCAUUGGGAACGUUUGCUCCAUUUGCCUUGUAAAAAAAACAUUGCCCUUUUUCUUUGGAUAAUAUACUAAUAUACCAAGUUGGCACUUCUUGUCAGUGAACAAGCCAGUGGCAAGGGCUACAAUGUCUGCAUUCCAAAAUGUUUAUUACGUUUCUAUAACCUCUGCUUUAGGACCCACAACCAUUGUUGAUCCUCGUGGUGUCCCUCCUCUUGACUGAAACACAGUCAUAUCCAAACAGGUGGUGUAGUCCACCCUUGUUAUUCUAAUUUAUUUUGCAUAUGAUUAUAGUAUUUAUUUUUGGUAUAUUUAAUUGUACUGUAACUAGGCCUUGAUCAUGCUUGAAUGAAA